AUCAACUCCUUUUAUAACCUCAUCCCACAUCAGCAAGUCUAGGAAGCUAGUUUAGCCGCAUCUCGAUCAAAUCUACUAAUUUAGCGGCCCCGCUUGCGACCUUAGCGUACCUUGGCGUCAAUCCCAUAAAUAGUGAAGACAAGAGCUCCCCUCCCCCCCCAAAAUUUCUCCUCAUCAAUCCAUAACCCAGAAUGUCCCUCUCGAACAGCGACAUCAUCGGCAUCGUAACCAUCAUUGUGUCGUGUCCUCCCUUGCUUUUGUUGAUCUGGAAGAUCAUUGACCGGAGAAGUCGGAGCCGACCGGAGGAGCGAGACCAAGCUGGUCCAAUCUUCCAAAUGUACCCCCCUUCCCAACAACCCGUCUUCGAGAACACAUACCGAAGUUCCAACCCGCAAGCCUCUAUCCUCAUAAACACCUCUCCCGCCACUCAAUACACCAUGAGUAUGUCACUGUCACUGUCACCGUCACCGUCACUGUCACUGUCACCACCAUACAAGCCAUACUUCCAUUUCCAUGGUCGCUUCCUUCCUCGAGUCGGACUAAUCGCUCCCGGCUAG